AGUCUGCGAUCCAACAUGGGCGACCAAUCAGCUGACACAUCUGAAGGCAUAUUUUUCCAUGGUGAAAUUAUCUAAAUUGGGUGAAUUAUUACAUAAAACCUGUUCCCGAACAGUUUUCAGUGAUAACCUAGUUAUUCGAGUGGUUAAUUAGCCAACAUCUCUUAUGGAUAACGAGAUUUACUUCGCGUCCACUGAGCAGCCGCAGACAGCUGAAAAUUAAAACAUGGAAGAGCCUAUAUCUAGGAAAAAAAAUAAACUACAUUUGGACACAAAUAAAAUCACUUAGCUAACGCGAAACUGUGUAAAAUAAGCUAAAAAAUAAAUCUAAAAAAAAUAAACAAAAAAAAAUCUAGCUAAUUUAGAGAUCUAGUCUCUAUAGACAUAAACUAAAUAGUGAAAUUAAUAAUAAAAAACAAAAAAAUAUUUAUUUUUCGUUAAUAAUAAUUAUUGUUAUUAUACAAUUUAGUUGACAGUUGAUUCCAUUUAUAAUCUGUAUUGAAAAUACAAUAAAGUUAAAGUUAUAUAAAUAUAGUUUUUAAAACUAUUUUUUAAUGGUUACCAAAGAAAGAAUUGUGUAGAUUUUAAUACCAGUGCGGGAUUGGAUGUUUUUAAAUGUACGAGAUUCGAUAGGGAGGGUGAAAAAUAGUAUUUUUGGGGCGGGGGAAUGUACCAUGGCUGCUACGAUGGUUGAAACUCCGCCGCCUCAGCUUAUUACGACUAUAGAAUGGAGUAUGAUGGACAAGAAGAAGUUUUUUCCGCUUUAUACUUUGAGUAGUUUCACAGUUAGAUGCGCACUAUACCCGCUGACGCUGAUCAAGACGCAGAUACAAGUGCAACGCAAGAAGGAGGCUUACAGCGGCGUGGCCGACGCUAUAUCUAAGAUAUACAGAAACGAGGGCGUGCCGGGGCUGUAUAGAGGUUUCUGGCUGUCCAGUUUUCAGAUAAUAUCAGGCAUAUUCUAUAUCACGACGUACGAAGAGGUUCGACACGAGCUAGGCAAAUAUGACGUCAGUCCCAAAAUGAAGUCUUUCAUAGGUGGCGGGUGUGCGUCCAUAGUGGGACAGACUAUAAUAGUGCCCUUCGACGUGCUCAGCCAACAUCUUAUGGUCCUAGGCCUGGUUAAAGGACGGGGGAAUACGAGGAACCCGCAAAUGAACCCGCUAGGCCUUGACCUAGAAAAGCGCAUGUCCAAAGCAGCCCUAGCUAAAGAGGUAGCGAUACGCGUGUACCAACUGCACGGCCCGCUCGGCUACUACCGAGGCUAUGCGGCGUCGCUUGCCGCCUAUGUGCCCAACUCCGCGCUCUGGUGGGCGUUUUAUACGGCUUAUCAAGAUGAGCUACUAAAAAUAGCGCCUUCAUGGGUGUCGACGCUGCUCAUCCAGUGCGCGGCGGGGACGCUCGGCGGCUUCACAACCACCUUCCUGACCAACCCGCUCGAUAUUGUGCGAGCUAGAUUACAGGUGGAAGGCGUAGGCACCAUGAAAGACAUAUUCAAAGCCCUAUGGGCAGAAGAAGGGCUGCUAGGAUUGUACUUCAAAGGCUUAUCAGCCCGUCUAGUCCAGUCAGCCUGCUUCUCAUUCAGCAUCAUCCUUGGCUACGAGAGCAUCAAGCGCGUGGCUCUGAGCGAGGAGUUCAAGCCGCGCGUGCGCUGGUGACGCGACGUCGAGCGCUCGCAUCCGCGCCACUCACAAUAUACAUGUGGCCGCGC